AUGAUCCCCAAUAUCGGUGGUAGGAUGCUUAGGGAUUACAAGAUGGUAUUGCACACGUGUUGGCUGCACUGAUGCAAGAACACCGAUUCCAUGGUUACGUCACGAUAUAGCAGUAAUCCGAUCGUCAUACUAGCUGGUUCAUUCACUGUUUUCAGUGUCCGCGUCACUGGCAUGAUUCCAAUUUACUGUUCGUGUUUUUUUUUGCCAUUCAAUAUUUUUCACGGCAACAGCAACUGACGCACUUUCACGGUUGACAUUGUACAAGCAGCCUUAUCAGCGUUCUGCGGCAUCAUCGAUAUUCUUGUCUCAAGUCGGAGAUUUUUAGUGCUGGUGGACGUGAACUGAGCGUCGACAAUGGAUGUCCAAGAGAAGAGAAAUAAAGGUUCUAGAUCCCGCUCUAGAUCCCGAUCUUUUUCCAAACGAAACCGCAGCAGCUCACAGAGAGAUCGCAAGUCUUGUAGUCGAUCACCACUCAAUGAUUUUAAGUCACGUUCCAAAUCAUCGUAUCGAUCACGCAGCCGCAGUAGCUGCAAUUACAUGAGCCGAUCAACGUAUUCACGCUCCAGAUCAAGUUCGUAUUCUAGUAAUGGUCGCCGCAGUUUUCGCAGCCGCUCUCGAAUUAGAUCUUUGGACAAGAGUAAUAGAUGUCUAGGUAUAUUUGGUCUAGAUUGUAACACUAACGAACAUCAACUCCACAGAGUACUUAGUAAAUAUGGUACUAUUAAUAGCAUCAAUAUUGUUAUGGAUGCUAAAAGUGGAAAGUCUCGAGGUUUUGGUUUUGCGUACUUCAAAUACAUCGAUGAUGCAAGAAAGGCUAAAGAAAAAUGCUCAGGCAUGGUAAUUGAUGGCCAGAAAAUUCGAAUUGAUUUUUCGUUUAGUCGACGUAAUGAUAGUUUAACACAUGGCGUUUAUGUGGGCAGAAAUAUAAUGAAAAGAGGUAGUGUUGAUAGACAUUACCGCGGAGAACGUUAUGAUAAUAGAUAUAAUCAAGAUAACAAUGACGGCUAUGUGCAUGAAAGAUACAGAAAUGAAAAAAGAAGACAUGAAUGCAGAGAAAGCAGAUCAUCAUCAUUCAGAUACAAAUAUCUCCAUGUUAGGUCAAAAUCACGCUCUUCAUCACCCUGUCGUUAUGCAUAAAUUAACUGGAAUAUCAUCAACAAAAGAAUUUUUUAUGUAAGAAAUUAACAUACAUAAUUAUUAUUGCUCAAUUACUAUUUGGUU